UAUUAUGGCCCUCUGAAAUCCUCCGUACGUCGUGACGUCAAGCCAAGUUGUGUUGACAGUUAGCUUCAGGCUAGCUAGUUAUUCUGGUAGCUAGCUUUAGCCCCCCAACAGGCUUGUUGCUCACAUCCGUGUUCUGAUGCUUUCAUACGAAUAUUCGCGGUCUCUCCGUCAUGCUCUUGUUAUUCCAUGAACAAGACAUGCAGAACGGAUAUAGCGAGAUAGGUUUUGUUCAGCAAAUUCUCAGUUUGAAUUUGGUCCCGAGGACAAAUGGCACUAAUCGUGGCAACGAUACAUCUCUCAACGACUUCUCAGAGAUGUGGUAUGGCGUGUUUCUGUGGGCAGCCGUGUCCUCCCUGAUGUUUCACCUCCCUGCUGCCCUCCUUGCCCUGGCCACGCUCAGGCAGCACAAGAUGGCGCGCUUCAUACCCAUCGCCAUCCUCCUCAUGGGCAUAGUAGGGCCAUUGUGUGGUGGCGUUCUUACCAGUGCAGCCAUCGCUGGGGUGUACAAGGUGGCAGGGAAGAGGAUGAUCUCGCUGGAGGCCCUGGUGUUUGGGGUGGGACAGUCCUUCUUGGUUCUCAUCAUCUCCUUCCUUAGGAUACUGGCCACCCUCUAGCACUGGGCCCCCCUGGGAUCGAGUCCCAGUCCCUGACCACACUCCAGCACAGGGGCGACAUGUCUGUCCUGGCUACAGGCUACACUCCAAGCACUUGGACCCCAGGCCUUCCCUGGGACAGUCCUUCUCUCCGGGGGGAACCAAGACACCCAGCUCUGGACUAGGACACCUACACCCUAUGAGGGAGGACGACUGUGUGUGUGGCGUUUGGUCUCAUAACCAGAACCACCAUCCAAGUCCUCUGUCCUCAGCUCUCCCCUACUGUAGGACAUCAGGAUUGGGGGUUUCCUGCUCUGUGUUCCCUGCUCCCUGGAGGAUUAUGACAGAAUAUGCAAGAUUCUUCCCCUCCCACAGAGGCCUUGUUUUCUACAGCUGGACCACACCCCACUCUGCCCCUCACACAGUUCCUGUCUGAAGGGGUGUAUUUCAGGACAGGCCAGGGCUCCUCGUUCUAGCUGUCCUCUACCACGGCCUCUCUGUUUCUCUUUGGCUCUGUGUUUACGCAGAGUAUACUGUUUUAUUUUUGCACCCUGGACUGGCCUUGUUUGUGUGCGUGCGUGUGAGAGAUUGUCUUAUAUAUGUGUGUGUGUGUGUGUGUGUGUGCGUGUGUGAACAUUCCAACCUAUAGAUUAGCAGUAAGCUUGGUUCAUAGCCUUCAUGUGCGGUUAGAAAGUUGACUUUUCACAGCCAGCUAGUCUGAACAUGCAAGCGUUCCCUGCAUUCUGCAGCACCCUGGUCCAAGCGACGGGGGUUUGACUGGAGAGAGGGAUCCAAUCGCCCUGAGACGCCCGGAAGACACGGUCACACUGAACUCGACGAUAUCUACAUGUAUGAUCAUCCCUGCCAGGUUUCCCCCCCCGAAGCUUGUCGAUGUCACAUUCCUCCCCUGGGUGGAAGAACGGAGAGAGGCUGUGCAUACCUGAGCCCAUUCCUGCCUCUCCGACGCGGGCGGGAGGAGAAACGGCCCCCUCGGUCUCCCUGCAUACUACUGAACAAGCCCUCCACGACAGAGAUCAAUCCUCAGACGUGAUUUGUCCUUUUCCUCGCUCCAUAUUUUUCAGUCGUGUUAUUUAUGCUCUGAAUGGUGGCGAACACUGUGAAUGAGAGAGGUCUUUAGCUGUGGUAGUGUGUUGGCUCCACGUGGCCACGCCGUCUAACUGAUCUACAGAUGUGUAGGGGCCGGUGAUUUAGUAUGACAGUGGGUUUUGUAGAUCAGUCAGGCGAACCAGCUCACGCCUCCUGUGUUGUAGUGACUUGCAAACAAGGCCUUCGUCUCUGGGAGAGAACUCCAAACUAUAAACGUUCCAGUCUGCUACUGGCUUGCUGGUAACAGGAUUCCUUAAUGUUGAUUUCAAGUCUCUUAUAUUUUGUUGUUAUUUCGUUUUUAAAUUCUUAAGAUGUUUUUUUGCCUUUGUGGUGUCCUGGGUGUAUAAUAGGUGUUGUAAAGGGGAAUAGUGAAUCAUAGUAUAUAUAUAUAUAUAUAUAUAGAUAUACUGUUGCAUUGAUGACUCGACUGCAGCAGACAGGCAACCAUGAAUGUGAUUUAGACUUUCUCUUGAUCUUCUGAGGAAUGUCUCUCCUGAACCAAAGAGAACCCAGCUAACAUAAUCCCCGUGGCCCAGCCCCCCUAGCUUAUCCCCCAGUUCAGCCACCUAUCCCAGGCCAACUCCCCAGUCCUAAACCCCUAGUGCACCAGUCAGGCUGGCUGGGAGAGUGGGAGGGUGUUAGAGCAUCAAGUGUAAGAUCCAACCCCAAUGCCUCACUUCGAUAAACCAACCAGAGCAGAGAUCAAUCUUAAAAACCUUAUUCCACUUAGAUGUAGAUCAUCACUGUACCUGCUGCUAGCCAGGACUCCAGACAUCACAUAUCUACCAGAAGAUCUCUACUUAUAUUCCAGCAUUGCUGUACACUCUGUCCCGUUUUCAGGUGGGUGUCACCGGUAAAGCUCCCACUGUCUCCAUCCAUCGUACACACAGGUAGACGGUAACCGACACUGUUGAUGUAGUUGAACUCAAUAUUUAUUGGCCAUUCUGUAGAAAGCCAUGCUCUCCACAUUGGCACUGUGUUCACUGGGCCUGCUGUAUCCUGAACUAACCUGGGCCUUGGACCUGCUAUAUUCAGAGAAUGUUUUAUUUUUCUAAGCUUCCGUAACUCUUCUUAUCGUAGCAUGACUGACUGCACACUACUGUUCUGUUCGUUAGGUGAUUGUUCCUGGGUUUCAAUUGUCUGUGAUGUGUCUUUACCAUGGGACGUGAUUGGAUCCAUAGAAUCUGCUUUGGUUUUUACUGUUUGGUUUUACUACAGUAAAUUAAGUGCCAAUUGUUAAUAUUUUAAUGUAAUAAAAACUGUUUUACAAGAUGGGAA